CAUACUAAAACCGAUGGCGGAAGGCCACAGCCUACCACAGUAUUCCAGGGCCAUAGUCCGUCAGAUUCCUGACUCCAUACGGGACCAUUCCGAGGCCUUUAAAUGGAAGCAAAGACGAACAAAGGACAUAAUAGACCUCAGCAAAGCCCGAGAAGAGCACGGGCGGUACACGCAAACCCUGCGGGACCUGGGGCUGGAGGUGACCGUCCUACCGGCGGACGAGUCCACUCCGGACUGCCCGUUCGUGGAGGACACCUGUGUGGUGGUCGGGAACAGAGCGCUGGUGACCAGGCCCGCAGACAAGACACGCCGGAAAGAAGUCGACUGUGUCGGAAAGCUUUUGACAGAUCUGGGUCUGGAGAUAAACAGGAUUCAAGAUAAGGGAGCAACACUGGAAGGAGGUGACGUCAUAUUCACAGGAAAAGAAUUUUUCGUGGGUGCCUCCACACAGUCGAACAAAGCCGGUCGGAAAAUCCUAGCGGAAACCUUCCCAGAGUACCCCGUGAUCUCCAUCCCGGUAGAGCCGCCAGAGUUCCACCUGAAAGGCGUGGUCUGCUGCGCCGGACCGGGGGUUAUCGCUAUAGGGGACCAUAAGGAGGGAAGGAAGGCUUGGGAGAUCAUACGUAAAACCAGCAAAUACACCUAUGAGCCUGUCUGGAUUCCGGACUAUCUGGGUCUGAACUGUAUCCAUGUGAACGGGACCGUUCUCCACUGUAGGGAGGACGAGUGGCCAAACAGCUCUAAGGUUUUUGCGGAGAAGCUGGCGAGGUUCCGGCGUAUCGAGCUGUCUGUCGGGGAGCUGAAGAAGGUGGAUGCCGCCAUGUCGUGCUGCUCUCUUCUCUUCUAAAUAUUUACCAUAUAUCUACCAUAGAUUGUCCUUUAUAUGACAGUGAUAGAUGCAUACUUUUCGGACAUGUUUUAAGUAAAUUUCCCCACUUCGGA